GUUUGCGGGAGCCGGCUGAGGCUGGAGGAUCCCAGAGCUUGCGGGGGGGGGGGAGGGAGAGAGCGAGGUGGAGAGAACGCGCGGACUUCCAGGCUGAUUCGGGGAUAGCCCGAUGGUGACGCCGGCAACCGAUCGCAGGCACUGGAGAAAGAGGGAACCCGAACGCGACCAGACUACUGUUUCCAGGGGGGCAGCCUGCACGGGACACCCCCCGCCCCGGUAACGGCCGAGGAGGAGGAGAUGGCGCCGGCCAGGGAGCGGCCGUGGCCGAGGCAGUGAGUAGAAGCGAAGCCAGAGGAGCCGGAGCCCCCGCGUGUGAAGAGCAGGAACCGGCGCCAUGGAAGGGACGAAGCCGAGUUUGCAGCUGGUGUACCAGGCUGUGCAGGCGCUCUAUCAUGACCCGGACCCCAGCGGCAAGGAGCGCGCCUCAUUUUGGCUCGGGGAGCUGCAGCGAUCGGUUCAUGCAUGGGAGAUCUCGGAUCAAUUGUUACAGAUACGGCAGGAUGUAGAAUCGUGCUAUUUUGCAGCACAGACAAUGAAGAUGAAAAUUCAGACCUCAUUCUAUGAACUCCCAACGGACUCACAUGCCUCUUUACGGGACUCGUUGCUGUCACAUAUCCAGAACUUGAAAGACCUAUCUCCUGUCAUUGUAACUCAGCUCGCUUUAGCAAUAGCAGACCUGGCCUUGCAGAUGCCUUCCUGGAAAGGCUGUGUGCAGACCCUGGUAGAAAAAUAUAGCAAUGAUGUAACCUCCUUGCCUUUUCUGCUGGAGAUCCUUACGGUUUUGCCUGAGGAAGUACAUAGCCGGUCCUUACGAAUUGGAGCUAAUCGUCGCACAGAGAUUAUAGAAGACUUGGCUUACUAUUCAAGCACAGUUGUUUCUCUGCUGAUGACUUGUGUAGAAAAAGCAGGAACAGAUGAGAAGAUGCUUAUGAAGGCCUUUCGCUGCUUGGGUAGUUGGUUUAACCUUGGUGUCUUGGACAGUAACUUUAUGGCUAAUAAUAAAUUGUUAGCACUUCUUUUUGAAGUUUUGCAACAGGACAAGACAUCAUCCAACCUGCAUGAAGCAGCAUCAGAUUGUGUGUGCUCUGCCCUCUAUGCCAUUGAGAAUGUAGAGACCAAUUUACCUUUGGCUCUCCAACUCUUUCAAGGGGUCUUAACUUUGGAGGCAGCCUACCAUAUGGCUGUGGCCCGGGAGGACUUAGACAAGGUUCUGAAUUAUUGCAGAGUUUUCACUGAACUGUGUGAAACAUUUCUUGAAAAAAUUGUUUGUACUCCAGGCCAGGGGCUAGGUGAUCUGCGAACACUGGAAUUGCUCCUUAUCUGUGCUGGCCAUCCCCAGUAUGAGGUGGUGGAGAUAUCCUUUAACUUUUGGUAUCGACUAGGGGAGCAUUUAUACAAAACAGAUGAUGCUGUUAUUCAUAGCAUUUUCAAAGCUUAUAUUCAACGUCUGCUCCAUGCCUUGGCCAGACACUGUCAACUGGAACCAGACCAUGAAGGGGUCCCUGAAGAGACUGAUGACUUUGGGGAGUUUCGAAUGAGGGUAUCAGACUUGGUGAAGGACUUGAUCUUCCUGGUUGGAUCUAUGGAAUGCUUUUCUCAGUUGUAUUCUACUUUGAAAGAAGGCAACCCACCCUGGGAGGUGACAGAAGCGGUUCUCUUUAUCAUGGCCUCUAUAGCCAAGAGUGUUGAUCCGGAAAAUAACCCAACACUUGUGGAGGUCCUAGAAGGAGUUGUCCGUCUCCCAGAGACUGUUCACACAGCUGUCCGAUACACUAGCAUUGAGCUAGUGGGAGAGAUGAGUGAAGUGGUUGAUCGAAAUCCCCAAUUUCUUGACCCUGUGUUGGGCUAUUUGAUGAAGGGCCUGUGUGAAAAACCUCUGGCCUCUGCUGCUGCCAAAGCCAUUCACAACAUCUGCUCUGUCUGCCGGGACCACAUGGCUCAGCACUUUAAUGGACUACUGGAAAUUGCCCGCUCCCUUGAUUCCUUCAUGCUGUCUCCAGAAGCUGCUGUAGGCUUGCUGAAAGGGACAGCACUAGUCCUAGCCAGAUUACCCUUAGAAAAAAUUGCUGAAUGCCUCAGUGAGUUAUGUGCUGUUCAAGUCAUGGCAUUGAAAAAGCUGCUAUCUCAAGAGCCCAGCAAUGGCAUUUCCUCAGAUCCCACCGUGUUCUUAGAUCGCCUGGCAGUAAUAUUUAGACACACCAAUCCUAUUGUAGAAAAUGGACAGACUCAUCCGUGCCAAAAAGUCAUUCAAGAAAUUUGGCCAGUUUUGUCAGAGACUCUGAACAAACACCGAGCCGAUAAUCGGAUUGUGGAGCGAUGUUGCAGGUGCCUGCGUUUCGCUGUUCGAUGUGUAGGUAAAGGGUCCGCAGCUCUCCUGCAGCCCUUGGUUACACAGAUGGUGAAUGUGUACCAGGUCCAUCAACACUCCUGUUUCCUAUACCUUGGUAGCAUCCUGGUGGAUGAGUAUGGGAUGGAAGAGGGUUGUCGCCAGGGCCUGCUAGACAUGCUACAGGCACUAUGCAUCCCUACUUUCCAGCUCCUGGAACAGCAAAAUGGCCUUCAGAACCACCCUGACACUGUGGAUGAUCUGUUCAGACUAGCUACCAGGUUUAUCCAACGUAGUCCUGUCACCUUGUUGAGGAGCCAGGUGGUCAUCCCCAUAUUACAGUGGGCCAUUGCCUCAACCACUCUUGAUCAUCGGGAUGCCAAUUGCAGCGUCAUGAAGUUUCUACGAGACCUCAUCCACACGGGAGUAGCCAAUGAUCAUGAAGAAGAUUAUGAAGUUCGGAAGGAGUUGAUUGGACAGGUGAUGAACCAGCUUGGACAACAACUUGUAAGCCAACUACUACACACAUGUUGUUUCUGUCUGCCCCCGUAUACCCUUCCAGAUGUAGCCGAAGUGCUCUGGGAGAUCAUGCAAGUUGAUAGACCGACUUUUUGUCGUUGGCUAGAGAAUUCUCUGAAGGGUUUACCAAAGGAAACAACUGUGGGAGCUGUCACAGUGACGCACAAACAACUUACAGAUUUCCAUAAGCAGGUUACUAGUGCUGAGGAAUGUAAACAAGUUUGCUGGGCCUUGAGGGACUUCACCAGGUUGUUUCGAUAACUUGAGCUCCUGUACUGUGCCUGUCUCCCAGGAUUGUCUUUUUAUUAGAAGACAGGAUAAUCGAAAACAAGAAUGUGUCUCACAAUCAGAAACCUUCCUUGUGGCAGAGGG